CUCUUGUGUGAGAAUUGAGAUUCUCACGCCAGGGUCAAAUUAAGCCAAAACGAAAAGUUUCUAUUAUGGCAACUAACUAUGCUUCAGUCUUUUUCUUUCUUGUGUUCUCUGUGGCCACGCUUGAAAUGCACGUAGCACAUAACAUUGAGGCACCUCCAACAUUAUUCAUAUUUGGAGACUCAACUGUUGAUGUUGGAACCAACAAUUUCCUUAAUAAUUCUGGAGCAAAGGCCAAUGUUCCCUAUUAUGGUAUUGAUUUUUAUAAUUCAAUCCCCACCGGAAGGUUCAGCAAUGGCUUUAACACUGCUGACCAAAUUGCGAGGCAAUUCGGUUAUCGCACGAGUCCACCGCCAUUUUUGGCUUUGGAGAAAUUUCCAUACAGUUUCAAGCAGAGCAUUCUUGGGGGUGUAAAUUUUGCUUCAGCCGGAUCAGGAAUUCGCAGAGAAACAGGGCAAAAACAAUGGGGAGAAGUGGUUUAUCUUGGAAAGCAGGUGGAACAAUUUGCAUUGGUCCGUUGCAACAUCAGUGAGAUAUUAGGGCCAGCAAAAGCUGCUAGUUUUGUAUCCAAGGCUUUGUUUAUCUUUAGCGUUGGUAGCAACGACCUCUUUGACUUUGCAAGUAACGAUAGUGACAUUCAUUUGGGCAAGGAACAAUAUUUGCGUCUUCUACAACUCAACUAUGGCUUCUAUAUAAGGAAACUAUAUGACUUAGGGGCUCGAAAAUUUGGCAUCCUAAGCGUUUCAACCAUAGGGUGUUGUCCUGCCAUAACCUUUGCCAACGGAGGGAACUGUGUGAAACCAUUGAAUGACUUCGCUGUCGCGUUCUACAGUGGAACUCGAACUCUUUUGCAAAAGUUGAGUUCAGAGUUGAAAGAUUUUGAGUACUCACUCGCCGACACUUUCUCAAUGACGACAACAUUGUUGAAAGACCCAUCAUCCUUUGGGUUGAACGAAACAAAGUCUGCGUGUUGCGGAAUUGGAAGGUUCAACGGAGAGGGUCCAUGCUUAAAAGGCUUAAACGCCACACUCUGCGCGAAUCGUACCGAUUACUUGUUUUGGGAUUGGUUUCAUCCAACGGAAAGUGCUUCGGAGUUGGCAGCAAAGAUUGUGUUUGGGGGAGGGCCUGAGUUUGUGUUUCCCGUGAACUUCAGACAAUUAGUUGGUUCAAAAUAUUAACAUGUCUAAUUAGGGGAUGAUGUUUCGAUUACAUGAAAAUUAAAUAAAAAUAAUUACCUAGGCAUCUCUAAAUAUUUGCCAUAGGAUUUUAA